AUGUCUAAAGAAAAUCUUUUAAAACAUUGCAACGAUCUAAAACUUAUUUUAGUUCACGAUGAUACUGUUAAUAUUAAUGGGGUAGAAUUAGCAAAAGAAAUUUGUACAGUAUCUGGACUUAUGGGCAAAAAAGAAAGCCAAGGCACUGUUCUAAAAUUAAUAACAAUAAAGAAUUUCUACUCAUUCAUAGACUGGUAUUGGGAAAAUAAAGAAAAAGCCUUAGAACACCCAAUUAUAAAAAUUUAUCCAUGGAUCAGUGAGUUCAAUGUCAAAAAUAACAUAUUAAAAGUAGAACAACUUCUUGAAAUGUACUGCGCAUGUACAGGAGAAGCGCCGUACGAAGCACAAUACAAACUUAUAAAGGAACAUUUCUGGGCAUACUUUAUAUACUAUAAAUCACCAGAAAUCCCUACACCAUGGACGGAGAAUAGCGACAUAGAGGAUGACGUCAACACUGUAAACGCGGAAUCGGGGCCUUCGGCCCCUCCACUUAAUUCUAACAACACUGAGGUAACGGGAUUACAAGCAGCUACGCUACCUGGCGCGUACCCAAUAGACAAUUCAACACCAGAACCAGGAGACCAGACGGAAGACAGCGGUUACAAAAGUCCAUCUUACAGUCCAGAAAUAAUGUCACCAUCAGAACUAGACAGUAUCACUUUCGAACCAUGGGAUGAUAAUUAA